GUCUUGUAGGAUACGGUCACACCUCCUAACACGAGUUACGAAUUGAACGUUUCGUUUUCCUAAUUUUAAGAAGUAUCGGCGAAUUGAAGCCAAGAAGCCGAAGAUGAACGCUGAAGAGGAGGAAAACACUGAGGCCACUACCUGUUCCUACUGGGUGCCACGCAAGAAGCGCCGGUGCAAGAUGACAGCCAAUAAGGGCAGCCCCUUUUGUGGCGCUCAUGCACCGCCCACCGUCGCCCCAUCGGAUGAAAAAUCUGGUGAGGAUUCCCACCAAGAUCGAAUUCCCUGCCCGCUGGAUCCCAAACACACCGUCUUCAAAAGAAAGCUAGCGAAACACUUGACCAUUUGCAAUGCAAGAGAUCAGGAAAGCUCACUGCCUUACAUUGUCAAAGGAGUAAAUUCAGGAGAGGAUUUAAAGGAGCAACAAAAGGACCUAGAGGAACUGAAUCAAAUAAAACUUCACGAACUGUCUGAUAAAGAGUUCUACGGGUUGAUCGACAAAGUGAAAGAACUUUAUGAUAAGCACAUUAAUUCUAGCAUAAAAGAACUCCAGCUGACGCACGAAUCGCUGAAGGAGGAACUGAAUCGCAAGGACUACGGCCAAGAAACGCUACGACAGCUCACUCAAGCCUCCAGCUUGCUGGGCAUCUUAGAGAAGGAUCAUCAGCUUACUGAUCACACUAGCUACGUGGAGUUCGGUGCAGGAAAAGGUCAAUUGGCGUUCUAUUUAGCAACUGUUUUGGAGGCUCAGCAACUGACUCACUCCCAGGUGAUCCUCAUCGAUCGGAUGUCUUUGCGGCACAAAAAGGACAACAAGGUGGCCAACAAGGAACUGGUGCAACGCAUCCGGGCGGAUAUUGCCGAUUUAAAACUUUCCGCUUUGCCGGAGUUAAAGAAAACACAACGAACGGUGGCCCUGUCGAAGCAUCUCUGUGGAGCAGCCACCGAUUUAACAAUCAGGUGUAUGCUAGGUGAUGAAGGUGCCACGACAGACUACGUCCUAAUCGCCCUCUGCUGCCAUCAUCGCUGCUCGUGGCGCUCCUAUGUGGGACGGUACUUUCUUGAAAAGUCCGGAAUCGGGGCAAGGGAAUUCGCCAUCCUAACCAAAAUGGUCAGUUGGGCGGUUUGCGGCACUGGCUUAAGUCGCGAGCGGCGCAAGGCCAUGGAAACGGCGGACGACCAGACUGCGGAGACGAACACCCAACGACUAAGUCGCGAGGAGCGCGAAAAGAUUGGUCACCAGUGCAAGCGGGUGUUGGAUUACGGACGACUGGAAUACCUGCGAUCCCACGGAUAUCAGGCAGAGCUGAAGUUCUACGUUCCGAGGGAUGUGACUCUGGAGAAUGUGGUCCUGCUGGCAAGGCCAUCAAACUCUAAACAAGAGUGCCCAAAUAAAAACAGUUGACUGUAGUUGAAAAACUUUUCUGACCUGUUGAAUGUA